CUUUUCGACAUCUGUUUGCUGCUUGAUUGUAUGAUCUAGCGUUUUUUUCUUCUCCUUUGUCACUUGUCGUAUCUUCGCUUCUUGUCGUUUUCGAGUCGAGUUUCCUCAUCGUUUGUCUCGCUGUCCCCUCUCCUCCAUCCCCGCGUCGCUUUUUUCCGCCUUCAACCACCACCAUUUCAGUCUCAGCGUAACACCCUGCAUCGUCCCGUCACAGGCGAUUGCCAUAUCAUCUAUCGCCUAGCCAAACGCUGCUAUCAACACCUCGCUCGUCUGUUUCUUUCGUCAACUAUCGUGAGCUUUUGUACGUCGCAACACCUGAGUUUUCCCCCACAACAAUGGCGGAUAACGUGUCUGCUUCGACUUCGUCAACCCAUGCGCCGCCGCAACCUUCAACUGCUGCCUCGAACCAACAGUACGAUGCAUCCCAGGGAAAUGGUCAAACCAAUCCCUCCCACAUGCCACCGCCGCCCCGACCUCCCGUGAUUAUCCCUCAGAACACCAACCCUAUCCCGACCGCUAUCACCACACCGAUGUCUGGGAAUAUGGUGUCCCCAACUAGCGCUGGCGGAUAUGUGCGUCGUGCAGCCCCUGAACCAAACAAGAGGGCUCUCUACGUUGGUGGCCUCGACCCGCGGGUCACGGAGGAUAUAUUGAAACAAAUCUUUGAAACUACUGGACAUGUCAUCAGUGUCAAGAUCAUUCCGGAUAAGAACUUCAACAGCAAAGGGGCCAACUACGGUUUCGUUGAGUUCGACGAUCCUGGUGCUGCCGAGAGAGCCAUGCAGACGCUCAAUGGGCGUCGGAUCCAUCAGUCGGAAAUUCGUGUGAACUGGGCGUAUCAAUCAAACACCGCCAACAAAGAGGACACUUCGAAUCACUUCCACAUUUUCGUCGGCGAUUUGAGCAACGAGGUCAAUGACGAGGUCUUGCUGCAGGCGUUCUCUGCCUUUGGCUCAGUGUCUGAGGCUCGUGUGAUGUGGGACAUGAAGACUGGCCGCUCUCGUGGCUAUGGCUUUGUCGCUUUCCGUGAACGCGCAGACGCUGAAAAGGCGUUAACCUCGAUGGAUGGAGAAUGGCUCGGCUCUCGCGCUAUCCGCUGCAACUGGGCCAACCAGAAAGGACAACCAUCCAUUUCCCAGCAACAGGCAAUGGCGGCUAUGGGCAUGACACCGACUACGCCAUUUGGCCAUCACCACUUCCCUACUCACGGCAUUCAGAGCUACGACAUGGUUGUCCAGCAAACCCCAGCAUGGCAGACCACAUGUUAUGUUGGGAACCUCACCCCUUACACCACGCAAAAUGAUAUCGUUCCCCUCUUCCAAAACUUUGGCUACGUGAUUGAAACCCGUAUGCAAGCCGAUAGAGGGUUUGCGUUCAUCAAGAUGGAUACCCAUGAGAAUGCAGCCUCGGCCAUCUGCCAGCUGAACGGCUAUAAUGUCAAUGGUCGGCCCCUGAAGUGCAGCUGGGGUAAAGAUCGCCCGCCCACCGGUCAGUUCGAUAACUUUCCUGGUCAACAGGCCAACUCGCCCUUCGCCUCCAGCCCAGGUCCGUACUUCCCUCAAUAUGGUGGCCCUGGGGGUCCCAUGACUCCUCAAGGCCCAGCACAAGCUGGAAGGGGUUGGGAGCAGCCGCAGAUGGCCCAGCAGGGCUUCGGUCAGGUUCCAGGCAACACCGGUUAUGGCCGUGGACAAGCCACACCCAACUCUGGCUGGAACCAGGGAAACAACGCCAAUUUUGGAAAUGGCUUCGCCGGCGGCUACCAAGCGUAGGUCGUCGUUGGCUCACCGACAAUGGUCUGAAUUGUUCCCUGCCAUACUGUUUGAAGUGGCAGCGUCUUUCUCCCCUUUCUCUUACCCACUCUAUUUUUUAAACCACCUUUUAAAUCCCUUCGGCUCCUGCCACAUCUUGAGUUCUGCCACUCCUGCUUGUGCUUCUUGAUGAUUCUCAACUGGAUCCCCGAGCGCCAUAUCCCAUUCUCGAAUUGUCUUGUUUUCUGAAAUAUGAAAUCUGUGUGUUCUCGUGCACCAAUACCCCAAGUCCACAUUGUUGCCAAAUUUCCUCUGCUCUUUCUUUGAACGAUACUGCACUACUUCGAUCAGAGCUAAGCUUC